UGAUGCGGCAAACCGUGCGAAGAUUGCCAGAGAUGGACAGUCACGGCUGCCGAAACGGUCUUCGCGAAGAAGAGAUCGACGCCGUGGUGAUGGCGGUGACUGUCGUCGUCGUCAAGACGAUGGGCGACAUGGAGUCCUCCUCGCACGACAUGCUGAUGCAGUUCCGCCAAUGAGCGUUGCCGAGGCGCCGUAUUGCGUGGCGACGUAUGAGGCAGUCGUCCAGUUGUGUGCCGCACUGUCGUCUGGCGUUUUCCCGCGGCAGACUCCGCGGUGGUGGAUUAGACGACGGACUGGCGGAACAUGGGAGGACCUCCGGCUUCGUGACGACGCGACGAAAGAGUACUCCUGGCAGAAGCUGCGCAUGUCGACGGCCAUGUUCACCCAGAUCGUAGCCGCGUGCGCCGCGUACAUGGAGAAGAAGGUGACGCACUAUCGAAUGCCAUUGCCAGUGGAGCAGGUGAUUGCUUUCACGUUAUACAGGUGGGCGUCCGUAGAGACGUAUGAGAGCGGCACGUCAGACUUCGGCAUCGCCAAGGCAACUGGACUGCAGGCCAUCUGCGACGUCACUUCGGCACUGUUGCAGGCGUACCCCGACGCGAUAAAGUGGCCAGUGGGCAGGAGAUGUGCGCAGAUUUUGCGCGCUUUCCGUAACAAGGGUUUCCCAAACUGCUUCGGCGCUAUCGAUUGUACACACAUCUACAUUGACAAGCCCGCCGGCGCACCUUCCGACAACUACUACGACCGCAAACAGAAGUUCUCCGUGCAGGCGCAGGUGGUUGUGGAUUUGGAUCUGCGGAUCCUCGACGUCCACGUAGGAUACCCGGGAAGUGUGCACGAUGUUUGUGUCCUGCACAAUUCCCAGUUGUGGAGGCGUGCAAAAAGUGGCGAGUUGUUCGACGCAACUCCGGAGAAUCUGCCGCACGGUGUCCCGUACGGAGGAAUCGAGCAAGGUGCUGACGAGAAGUGCUUCGACACGCGGCAAAAGGUGGCACGGGGGUGUGUGGAGAGGGCAUUCAACCGACUCAAGUGCAUGUGGCGUCUGUUCUUGCGCACCCAUAAAACGAACCUGGAGACCUUGCCACAGCAAUUCGUGACUGUCUGCACUCUCCACAAUAUCCUCCUGGACGCGGGGAUUGACUUCGACGAGAACCUUUUGUGGAAGGUGGAUGCGAACGGCGUUCGGCAUAGAGUGGACUUGGGCAUUGUGGGGAAUGACGCACGCGGGCGGGGACGGUGCACAAACGUGGAAGGGGAAAUGUUGAGGGAUGCACUGCGAGACCGCCUAACUUUGAUGUAGGACCGUGCGGUUGGGAGGGCGGGGGGGGGGGGGGGUUGUAGCACAUGGGGUGGUGCACAUGAGGUGGUUCGAUCGGUAGGCGGCUGGAGUUAUGACAUGGUCCCUGUCCAUGGUCGUCGUGCGCGUGCUUGGUGGGUUGAUGGAAUGGCGGCAUGGGUGUCGCCGACGAGUUCACAUUAUCGUUUUCAUGGUGUUGACGGCUACCUGGUUCGCACAGCUGUGCGAAAUUUUAAGAUUGGAAGAACCUUUUUUUUUGUGAGUGUGUGUCCUCGUAAUUACGACUUGUGUUUUUUUAUAUAUAUUUUUCUGUCUUCAAAUCGUUUCUAAUCAAUGGUCUCAUGCAGU